GAUGCCACGGAUGUUUUGUUUCUCUUCUGCUUCCUUGUAGCUACCAGCUAACCUACAUUCCUGCUGACUGCACAUAUUCGGACCAAGUCAGCUGACAGCCGCCCUGGUGUGCUGUGAGAGUAACAUUCUGGUGCACCAAACUUCAUUUGUAGCCUCGUUUGGCUUCCAUUAUGUUACCGAAGAGGCGCCGAAAAUCAGGUCGUUCGCAGUAGCAAGUUAACCGCGAGUUCCUUGCUACCGUGACCGCUGGAAAAAGUGACGUGACCCGACGAGAGACCGGCCGCUCCUGUAGACAUAAAUGUCAGUUAAAUGGCGAAAACCGAGCAGAAAAAUGGACUGGAGUUCCGGGGCAGCUCUGAGAAGCUGACAGGCAAUGGAAGUUCGGUUGUCUCCAACGUCGAGGUGAACGGCAAUGGAACAGUCGGAGAGAUACAGGUGGACAAAUACGGAUUCACCGGUGGAGCUCAGCAGCAAGACUCGGCAGAGGAGGUUCCCAUAGAAGUGCUUAGACAUCGGGAGGCCAAGUGGCUGGACAUGCUCAACAGCUGGGACAAGUGGAUGGCCAAAAAGCACAAGAAGGUGAAAGAUCGCUGCCAGAAGGGGAUCCCUCCAUCUCUGCGUGGUCGGGCAUGGCUCUACCUCACCGGGGGCAAAGUGAAACGGGAACAAAACCGGGGCAAGUUCCAGGAACUGGACAACCACCCUGGUGAUCCAAAAUGGGUGGAUAUCAUUGAGAGGGACCUGCAUAGACAAUUUCCUUUCCAUGAAAUGUUUGCCGCAAGAGGAGGUCAUGGGCAGCAAGACUUGUUCCGUGUCCUCAAGGCUUACACUCUCCAUCGUCCUGAAGAGGGCUACUGUCAAGCUCAGGCGCCAAUCGCAGCCGUUCUUCUCAUGCACAUGCCAGCUGAGGAUGCAUUUUGGGUCCUUGUCCAGAUCUGUGAGAAGUACUUACCUGGAUACUACAGCACCGGACUGGAGGCGAUCCAGCUGGACGGUGAGAUCCUGUACGCUCUCCUAAAACGCGUUUCUCCCGUCGCUCACCGUCACCUCAAGCAGCACAAGCUGGAACCCAUUUUGUACAUGACAGAGUGGUUCAUGUGCGCUUUCUCCCGCACCCUGCCGUGGACGUCAGUGCUGCGAGUCUGGGACAUGUUCCUCUGUGAAGGAGUUAAAAUCCUCUUCAGAGUGGGCCUGGUUCUCCUGAAGUGCAUGCUAGGUUCCCAGGAGAAAGUGAAGUCCCUCCCAGGUCUCUACGAAACGAUGGAGUGUCUCCGAGCGAUACCACCGCAGUACAUGCAGGAGAGCUUCCUGGUGCAUGAGGUGAUAGAGUUGACCGUGUCUGAGCGGGACAUCGAGAAGGAACACCACGCCCAGCUGCGGCGCUGGAAAGACACUCACGGGGAGCUUCGCUGCAAGUCCCCUCCCAGGAUGCAUGGGGCUAAAGCGGUCAUUGCCUCUGAGCCACACAGCAGGCAGGAUCUCAGGGAGCGACCCAACAUCAUUGUGGAGCCCCCCCUCGGAAUCCUAGCCGAGGAAUCCAAAAGCACAAGGAAGGACAAAGCGAAGCUUCAGAAACAGACUAUCCUGCCGCCACAGGCGACAGAUGGUCUUCACCCUUCCACCGCUGACCCCUCACCUCUUCUCCAACACACAGCCGUUCAGGGAUCUAAAGAAAGUCUGAGCAGUGCUGAGCAUGACACCUACCUGUAGGAGGGUAAGUGUCACAUGCUUCCUCUUCAUUCCAGUCUCCAGUCUACGGCUUGUUACUUUCUUGCACAACAGUGUAAAGACACGGCCACACUUGUGCUGCUGAGUAGGUAAGAACUGUGCCAUGGGAACGGGAACUGAAGGCAAAACUCGUGUGAAACAUCAAUUCGACUGAAAAGGGAAGAAAGAUAAUAGUCAGCAGAUUACAACUACAGAGUGUUUUGAGUGCUGGAAAAACUAUAAGAGAAAAGGCGUGUCAAUACUGUCGCCUAGUGUGAAACACUACCUAUGUAUCACUCAUCUGGCUUCUACUGAGUCAGACGGACUCUCAAUAUCCUAAUGUUCACUUUACGUCCAAACUACUGUCUUGCUUUUUCAUAAGCAACUGAAAAUCACCAGCCAAAAAAGUGUUUUUCCUCACGUAUUCGCCGGCCCAUGCUGUGGGUGUAUGAUGGGAGCCUGAGAUAAGCUGCAGAGAAGUCUUCUCAAUGAAGGAUGAAACCGUCUCCAAGCCAAAGAUUCUGUUGAUACGAUUUUUCUGUUUGGUAAUGUUUUAGAACUACUGUUUGUGGAGAGUUUAUUUUAUUGCAAUGUUUGAUUGCGUUUCUCAUGGGUCUUUUAUUAUCAUUAUUUUUUUCAAUCUGUUCUAAAACUUCAGUCGACCCGACAAUGGUUAUUUCCGGUCUGUUGAGGGCUGCACAUCCAAUGUCGAGCUGUCGUUGAGGUUUGAAUAUCAGCUGGAAGUCAGUGCUGCUCAUGGGAAUCUGUCACUGUCAGUCACUGCUUCAACUCUGGGGAGAAUUAUAUGGCUAGUGUUUCUGCUUGUUGAGCGUCCGAGCUGCACCAGAGUUUGGCGCAGGCCUCUCUUUGUCCAGCACAGGUUUCUGCCUCAACCGGGAACAGGUGAGCUGAUAUUUAUGCUCAAUGCCUUUCCUUGUUAACGUCAUCACGCCAUUGUUUCUUCUUCUUCUUUUCGCAUUCAGAUAAUAAUAAUAAUAAAAAUGUCUUUAUAAAUCUUUGAACUGGAAAUGAAGUGAUAAAAUGCUGAAGGGAAACUUAUGUCUUGUGUUUCGUAUGUAGCUCAGCUCAUAUUUAUCUAUAUUUAAAUAUAUAAGGGAAAUCAAUCUGUAAUUAUAGAAACUAUUUUUGUGAUUAAGACGUUGUAUUUGAGAUUACUGAAGUUCCACGUUUUUUAACACUAUAGUGAUGUUUUAUACGUUUAUAAUACUGUAUCCUGUUCAUGUUCUAUAACCAAAAAAAAAAACAGUUUUGCAUUUGAUUUAGUUGUUCGCACACGAGAUGGCGCCACUGAGCUUCUUCAGGUUUUUGAGGGAGCUCUGGAAGUGCGCUAGUUAUUUAGUUCAAUCUUUGUAAAGCUGUUGAAGUUUUUUAAUAAACCUGUUGAAUCUGACUGCUGUUGAACAUGGCGUUA